AUGUGUCAUUGCGUUUUCCCUCCUCAAGGUCCUCCCAUGGCUUCCCAGGAGAGGGUGGAGGCAGUGACCAAAGGAACAGGCUUCUGGCGCUGCCCCAAGCCGGCCACUUACUCCCGGAGGACCUGUGAGCUGCUCAGAGUGAUGAUGAAGGAAUCCAGACUGACUAACUUCCAACAGCGCCACAUCAUGGACACCAUGAAAAGAGGAGACGCUCUGCCCCUACAGUGCAGCCCAACAUCCAGCCAGAGGGGCUUGCCCUCCAAGCAGCCGGCCCCAGCCACCUACCUGCCUCCCAUCCUGGCGGCCCGUUCCCAGCUCCGGCCUGCCAGCAUGUGCCAAGCCAACGGGGCCUACAGCCGCGAGCAGUUCAAGCCUCAAGCCACCCGAGAUCUGGAGAAGGAGAAGCGAAGACUCCAAAAUAUCUUUGCCACCGGGAAGGACCCAGAGGAACGGAAAAGAAAGCCCCCUCCUGUGCAACAGGAGGACCCAGCCCCUGAGCUGGACCGGUUUGAAGAACUGGUGAAAGAAAUCCAGGAGAGGAAAGAAUUCCUGGCUGACAUGGAGGCGCUGGGGCAGGGCAGACAGUACCGAGGGAUCAUCCUUGCUGAAAUCUCCCAGAAACUUCGGGAAAUGGAAGACAUUGACCACAAGAGGAGUGAGGAACUUAGGAAGGCUCUGGCCACUGCUUAAUCUGUCUCCAGAGACGGGGGUGGGGUAGCCCAACCUCAACCACUGGAGCCCACCCCCUUGCCAAGCAGGGUCAUCCCCAGGUCAGCCCACCCACCCUGGCCUUUAACCAUGUCAAAUGGUCGCACUGCCCUGGCCGAGGGUACCCUGGGCAUACACAGUACCCUAGAAAACAGACCACAUCUCAGAGAAUGAGCUGAUUCUUCUCGACACUCUGCCCAGGGAUCCUGGGUCAGCUGAGCCUCUGAGACCCACAACCACAGAUACACACACACAUAUACACACGACUUUGAGUCUUUCUUGGGGAAGGAGCCCCAUACACAGUGAAAGCAAGGCCCCCGUCUCAGCACCUUGGGCGUGUGUCUAAGGCAUCCAGCGGGCCCUCUGCCCACCACCUGCACCCACUGUGUCCUGCGAUGCCGUUUUCUGGACUCAGGAAUGAAUAUGACUCCUUUUUUCCUACCUGUCUUAGGACCUGCUUCUUUGACUUCUUACAGCCUUGGGCAAAUGUUUAACCGCUUUGAUUAAUUGGCCAAUAAAACACGUUUAACGUGGGUCAUUACA